GUGUGACGUUCAACACAGGCAGAAAGGGAGGGGAAAUGAGAAAGAAAGGGAAGAACUUUUUUCCGAUAGCUUUUUCUUCUUCCAAAUUAUACAUUUAUACGAAACGAAUUGACUCAAACGCUUUUACUGGCAAAUUAAUGCUGCAAUAAGCAGAAAGGAUUGAAGAGAGAGGAGUAAACAUUUGCUGAACUCCUUAAGCUACUCCUGUGCAACAGAUGACCGCAUUAAAAAUGGACACAGUGUGAAGUCUGUGGCCUCUUGACAGGAGACUUUGAGCAUGACUUCAGAAUUGGACUCAAGCUUGACAAGCAUUGACUGGCUUCCCCAGUUGGGAAUCAGCACCUUGCGUUCAGGAAAAGAAAGAGUGGAACAAAAGAAAGAACGAGGAAGAGAGAAGGACAUCCCUCCCAUAUGUACAGUAUCUCCUGCAUCUAAUUCCAAAGGGAAACCUCCACACAGCUAUGCCACUCUCAUCGCCAUGGCAAUUAGUUCAUCCCCUGAAAGGAAGCUAAGUUUGAAUGACAUUUACACAUGGAUCAGUGAUAGAUUUCCUUUUUAUAGCAGAGCAGGAAGAGGAUGGAAGAACUCAAUUCGGCACAAUCUGUCCCUUAAUAAAUGUUUCCGGAAAGUUCCUCGUCCACAGAGUGACCCUGGAAAGGGUUCAUAUUGGACAAUGGAUGGACCGCCUGACUCAACACAACACAGAGGUUUCAAACGCCCUCAUCCUGAAGAGGAGGCUCCAUCCUCAGAGACCAAAGAGCCUUUCAAUCAACCGGAGCCCCUCCCACCUCUCCCAGAUGUCAAUAGCACAUUCUCUUCCCUUCCAUGCAAGGGUUCAUAUUGGACAAUGGAUGGACCGCCUGACUCAACACAACACAGAGGUUUCAAACGCCCUCAUCCUGAAGAGGAGGCUCCAUCCUCAGAGACCAAAGAGCCUUUCAAUCAACCGGAGCCCCUCCCACCUCUCCCAGAUGUCAAUAGCACAUUCUCUUCCCUUCCAUGCAAGCAACGUCAAACUGCCCCAAUACCUGCAUCUUUUCCUUCCUUGAUUCCUUCGAACCACCAUGUGGAUCCUCCUCUCCGAUUCUCCUUUGCUGAUUUAAACCUACCGGACCUGUACAAUUCCUUUCAGUCUCUCUGUCGCUCUGUUAGAGAGAGAGUCACCUCGCAUUCGGAUGUUCCCAAUUUGCUUGGACUUACCAACGACAGUACACCACUACAUACCCCAACCCUGCCUCCUCUCUCCCCCUGCCUGAACCCCAACACUAACCAAUACACAAACCCAACCCCUAACCCAAACCUUAUUGCCAAUCGGAACUUCAACCCAAAUACACCUAAUACUAGUUUUAUUCCCAACUUACACCCAAACCACAACCAGAACCCCUCUAACAUUCAUUCAAAUUCUAACACUGAGCCUGACAAGCUGCUACACAGUAAUGUUGUUCCUGCAGACUGGUUCAGUAAUGCAGAUUCUUUGAGAGAGAGUUUCAGGAUUGCUAGUAGUCUGGACUGGGCUAACAUUGACCUCACCUGUCACCCUGACCUGGUAGAGAGCAUGCGCCAGGCUGAGCUCUGUGACUGGGCAUUGGAUGCGAAUCUCUUCACAUCUCUUUGUGAUUCGCUCAACCAUUUCUUCACUCAGAAGGGUCUCAUUGGCUCCUCUUCUGGUGGCCACUCCUCGUUGGGACAAAUGACCCCACCUCCUUUCAGUAUGCCAUCCACUAACCAUCCCACCCUGGCUAGUUUGACACAACCCUCUCCACUGAUCUACCCCUCCCAACAGCCUCCUGGUGAACCUACCCUCCACAGUCCAAGGAGAACCCUGACCCCUCACACCCAGAACCAGUCAGCACAGAUACCACCAGGGAUGCAGCCCACAACAAGCCAGCCUCUUACUCCUAACGCACUUCAAACUCAGCCACUGACUCCAAGCAGUCGUCCACCUUUGAAGAAUCUUCACAGCAACAGUGAAGAGAUCCAGGAUGACUUUGAUUGGGAUUCCCUUAUUGAGUGACUUGUGAUUCAUUGGCAAACAAACAUACAGAAUACACAGUAAAAUAAAAUAUAUCAUGAGCCAAGGCCACAGUUUUGUCAACAAGAAAUUGAGGCAAACUCAUUAGUCUUUAAUGAGUGUUUUAUGUAUAUAUGGAACAAAGGCAGAUGUCAGGAAACCACAAAUUGAACAUCAUUCAGGUAUUUGUUUCUCUUCAGUAUGGCCCUACUUAACAUUUACUGCUGCACAAUGGUUCAAAUUUAAUUGUUUGCAUGUUGAAAUGCUGGUACACAAAGAUUGCCACCUACAGUGAGAAUAACCAAACCUUACAAUGUUUUCAUUAGUAUAACAUCUCUUUUUGCUUAGUGCAAGCUACACAGUAGCUUUUAGUAACUAUGCCAGCUGCCUCUUUUAUCGAAGUACCUGUAUACAAAGUGACAAUGUAAAUAAUACUAGCACUUCCAAAGCCCUAGCCAAUAGAAAAUGCCUAAUUCUUUUCUAAAUGUUGACAUAGGCUUCCCUGACUUGCAAUCAUAAUUUAGUUCUACAGUAGUGAAAUUUUUUUUUUUUUUUUUUUUUACAGCUGCACAGAAAUGGUUGUAAAUUGCAUGUACAUUAACAAUUUGUGGGUAAAGAAAUCCAAUUUAACUACACUGAGGUAUAUAAUACAUUUGGGUGUAUUUUGACUGAAAAUGACAAUGACAUUUUUUACUUAAUAUUGCACAAUUGUUUGCUAUCUGUUCACUUUAGGAUAUCCCUCUGUGGACCUAAACCUUUAAAAAAAAAAGAAACAUUGAAAUGAUCUAACAAUUUCCUGAAGAGUGAAUGCAAACCAACGCAACAAUAAAGCUUGGACAGUUUCAUUUUGUGAAUGUUUUUUAUUUUAUUUUACAUUUCAUUAUUUUUUUCCCACUUUAUUUUAUUUUUAAAGUCAACACCACACAAUUUCUGACCAUAGUCAAUAUUAUAGAAAUAUGUCAUUUUCAUUUAUAAAAUAAUUCAUUGAAAGUAAAUAAAGAAUUACAGCAUGGAUUAUAUCAUUCAUUCCCCAAUUUUUGUAGUAUGAUUUCACUUAGUCAUUCAGGCCCAUUUUAUUUUUAUUUUUAAAAAGCAUAAGCAUAAACACUUAACUCUCCCCAUUUUGUGUAAAUCCAAAAGGAAAAAGGUGAAGUGAAAUUCAAGGACAGUCAUCGCUUCUCACAUGAAAAGAUGUUGAAUUAAUGCUUUGAUUCUUACAAGAGUUGAAGAGAACUACACAAAUGAAUAAUUGAAAAUAAAGGACCCUUAUAACAAAAGAUGAGUCAAGUCAUAUUGUGAGACUAUGCUGCUAAAACCCCAACAAAUGCACAGCAGUGAGCUGAGUGAAAAGAUUGGACAAGUCAUCAUACACACACUGACUCUCCCCAAAACACACAGACAGCCCCCUUUAGCAACUCACAAGUGUAUAAGACUGAAAUUUCGAAGGUCCAAGGAGACCAAGCAGGCAUCUCUUUUAAUGGCAAUUUCCAGUGCAAAUUUCCUUGGUUUAAAUGUUCCCAGGAGUCAGAGACAUAAGAUAAAAAUAAAUUACACAAGAUUAAACAUUAAAUUAAAAUACAAUUAUUGAAUGAUUUUUUACUAGAGUUGUGAAUGAAAUGGAGAGUUGAAUUCUUCUCAAUCCGCUCCGAGUGAACCUGUCCCACGGUCAUCCUUCAUGCACUCGAUCAUUAGAGACUCACCGGCUCUUUUAUUUAACCAUCAAUGAAAGGGGGAGAAAGAUGUGUAUGAUUCACUGAGAUCAGUUCAUUAGUGGCUUGUUUUUUCCCUACAACUUUCUUCAACUUUCUUUUUUUGAGCAAUAACAAUCUUCCACAUAUAACUAUAUUAACAGCCUGCAUCACUGAAAGACCCCUGCCAAUCAUCCAUGCUUGUAUCUGAAAACAAAUAUAAUAUAAAUUGAAAAGGGAAAUAAAUAGACCUCAAACACUGUGUAAAAUAAAAUGAAAAAAAAAAUUAAAUGCUUUGUGAAAAAAAAAAGAAAAAAAAA